AUGUGUGGUAUUUCAUUUGUAAUAUCAGGUGUCACAGUUUUAGAUCCAAUUGGAUCACCUGAUUCUAUCAAUAAUAAUAGUAGUAGUAAUAAUGGGGAUGUUAUAGAGGAAUCAACUGAUAGGGUUUUGAGUGAUUUACUCAAUCGUUUGGUUAAUAGAGGACCUGAUUCACAGAUUAUGGAGACAAUGACAUUGGAGUGUGGCAACAACAUCACCGUCAAUAUAAAUAUGAUGGCAUCGGUACUUGGAAUGAGAGGAGAUCUUACGGUGCAACCACAACACGACAUCAACGGAAAUAUACUCAUGUGGAACGGUGAGUUGUUUGACGGUUACCACAUUGGGGUACAUCAGAAUGAUACCGAAUUCUUAUUACAUCUACUCAAUCAAGCGGAUUCUUCUUCAUCCUCGUCAUCAUCAGAGUCUGAUGGAAUUUCAAACGAUACAUUUGUACAAUUGUUUCUAAAAAUUAAAGGACCUUUUGCAUUUGUUUAUUGGAAUAAAUCAGCAAGAAAAUUAUGGUUUGGCAGAGAUGUAUUGGGAAGACGUUCUUUACUUGUCAAUAAGAGUAAUGAUAGAUUUAUAUUGGCAUCGAUUGGAUCGUUUCCCAGUGGAAUAGAUGAUACUAAACCACUUCCACAAUGGAAUGAAGUUAACACCUUUGGUUUGUAUUCGAUUCAUUUCCCCGAGGAUCUUGGUGAACAAUCUUUCGUGCGACUAGAAAGUCAUCCAUGGGAUAACAAUUCAUUGGUCAACAAUAUCGGUUUUACAACUUUAGAUUAUGAUAAUGAUAAUGAUGAUGAUAAUGAUCAACCAACAACAACGUCAACAACAGAUGCAUCAACUACAACAACAUCAACAAACUUUUCAACUGAUUCAGUUGUUCAAAAGAAUGAAACUAUAGAUCAACUUCAUUUCUAUCCAUUUGGUAGAAGAACUGUAAUGACACCAUUGGAUGGUUCGGAAUGGCAACAACCGGUUUUCGAAGGGUAUAGAGACGGUUUGUUUGAGAAACUAAGUCGAUCGAUAGCGACUAGAGUAACAGGUUUGCCAGAUUUGACACAUGAAUGUCCAGAUUUAAUUAGACCUGAUUUCUGUGCAGAGAAACCAGUUGCUCUUCCAGGUCGUGUCGGUGUUUUGUUUAGCGGUGGGCUGGAUUCGAUGGUACUCGCAGCAGUCUCUCAUCAACACAUUCCAGCGGGUGAACCGAUUCACUUGAUCAACGUUGCAUUUGGCAAUGACAACGCAACGAGUGACGAGUUUGACAAGGUUCCAGAUCGAAAGACAGCGAUUUCCGGUUUGUACGAGUUGCGCACAAUGGCACCGGAUCGCGAGUGGAUACUGAUUAAAGUGAAUGUCACCGACCAAUGGAUGGAUUGGGCGAAACCAAUUGUCUACCAACUCUCUUAUCCAGCCAUCACUAUUAUGGAUAUGACAAUAUCGUUGGCACUUUGGUUUGCUGGUCGUGGUGAGGGUAUUAUUCAUGUCGAUGAAAAGCUACAACAACAACAACAGAGAGUAAUGACAACCUGUAAGGUAUUAUUAAUGGGAUCGGGUGCAGAUGAACAGCUGGCUGGCUACGGACGACAUCGUAGUGCAUUUGCGCGUGGAUCAUGGCAAGUCUUACAGUCAGAGUUGAACAAAGAUUUCAAUCGUAUUUGGAAGAGAAAUCUGGGGAGAGACGAUCGUGUCAUAAGUAGCAACCGUCGUGAACCAAGAUUCCCUUAUCUCGAUGAGAAUGUUAUCGAAUAUCUAAAUAGUGUACCACUCUCUUAUGUCUGUGAUUUGAGCUUACCACAGGGAACUGGGGACAAGCGUAUCCUCAGAGAGUUGGCCAAGUCGUUGGGACUGACCGAGUCAACCAAACUGAUAAAGAAAGCCAUUCAGUUCGGAUCGAGAUCGAGCAAGCAACUCAACAGAAACGUACCGGCAAGAGUAACACAAAAGUGCGGAGUUCAAGUAUUUUCAUUUAGCAAACCACUGUACGAUCCCUCUCAAGAUGAAAACUUUGAAAAGAAUCAACAAAACAAACAGAAAAUGGAGAAAGCCAUUACCAAAAAGAAAGAAAAACUAGCAAGAGAUCAACAUAAUCAACAACAUCAAUAUCCAAAACGUAACAAUAAUAUCAAUAAGAAAAACAAUAAUAAUUAA